AUUUCAUUAUCUUUGUUGUGUUUUCUCAUGAUCUGCGAUUGCUGUAAGCAGAUCUGUGAUCUGUGGCUUUCAGGGGCAUUUUCCCCCCCAGACAACAGCUUUAAUUACACAGAGCUGCAACAGGAGGGGACAUGUUUGCCCUGGGGAAAAGACAGGGUGAGGAACAGCUCUGUGGACACUCCGGGGAAAUCAGCGCUCUGCCCCUUUCCUUCAGCAAGACCCUGGCCUACAUUUCUACAGCCCCCCCCCCCAACCUCCACCACCACCCUCCGGGUGGCCGGAACAAACGCUGCAGGCACAGCCUUGGAACACGCGCUCCUUUCCAGUGGAGUUCAAGGGGUCCGACACGCUGAUGUCAGGAUGAGCUCUGUGCCUGCCUGUUGGCACAGAUAGCUGCUGUUCCGAGAGAGCGGAGGCGUUAGCGCGCGGCCUGCCCGAUUCCCCCCGGCGAGGGUGGCAGAUACAGAUGUAUAAAGCUAUCAAGCAGAUGUUGGAGUGCACUUCGCUAAAGCCGCACCAAAUUUAGAAAAGGUCACUGAGCCACAGACAGAUUUUGUUUCCAGCGCCCGUCCCUGUGGACAUGCGCCAGCUGGAUUGUGAAUCGCAUUAUGGGCUUCAUUCUUCACUCAGCAUGAUGCCUUGUUCCACGUUUCUGCGUAUUCUUCAUCGCUUUCGAAAACAAAUGACUCAGUUCAUGAGUCAGAACAACAACAAAGAUGACAUACCAUUUUGAAGUAGACAUGCCAAAAGACAGGGGUUGCUUCGUCUGCACGGAGAGGACAAAGGAAAGGUACGAGACGCCCUCAGCCAGUGACCUGCAAAGGCUGAUGUGGGUGCGAAGUGGUGCCAGCUCCCACCUGGAUGAGGUCAGGCCCGGGAUCUACAUUGGAGACAUGUGGGCGGCCAAAGACAAGAGGAAGCUGCAGUCACUCCACAUCACGCAUGUUCUGAACGCAGCAGACGGGAAGUUCAACGUGUGCACAGGGGCCAGCUUUUACAGAGACACUAAUAUCAUCUACCACGGAGUGGAAGCUUUUGACAUGCCAUCCUUUGACCUGAGUCCCUUCUUCUACUCGUCCGCCCAGUUCAUCAAAAAUGCCUUAAGCAUCCCUUCAGGCAAAGUCUUUGUCCACUGUGCGAUGGGACUGAGUCGCUCAGCCACGUUAGUGCUAGCCUACCUGAUGAUCCAUGAGGGCAUGACCUUGGUGGAGGCCAUCAAGGCCAUUGCAGAAAACAGGAACAUUUCUCCUAACUCUGGCUUUUUAGAGCAGCUCCGCCAACUUGAUCAACAGCUAAACUGCCCCGGGAGAUGAACAGACAUCCAAACAACUGCUGAGACACAAGCUUCUUGUAGAGGAACGUUGAAUCAAGAGUAAGCUUCUCAGAGCAACACAUGGCAUGCAAGCGCCAUUGAUAAAUCAGCAAGAUGUUCACAUACAGGAGAACAUCUUCACAAUUGAACUUUUUAACAUUCAUGCUUGUAGAGAAGCUCCUUAAUUUCACCUGGGUUAAGUAAUACUC